AUCUCCAGCUAAGACAUUUUCCUUUUGAAGACUUAAAAAAAAAAUACUGAAGGCAUCAAAGAAUUAUGAAAAUCACAUUUUUAUUUUCCGCGUGGUUCUUACUGGAUCUUUUUGCGUGCUGUCAUGCUUAUCCACAAUAUUCCUUGCCUGACAUAGAAGAUGCAAAGUUCAUUGAAGACUGUGUGAGAGGGCACAACACGUUUCGAUCCAAAGUGAAUCCACCAGCCAGCAAUAUGUUUCGCAUGUCCUGGGACGCUGCUUUAGCUAAGACUGCCAAAGCGUGGGCAAAGAAGUGCAAGUUUAAGCAUAAUACCUACCUUAAAAUGUCGGGGAAAGUGCACCCCACCUUUACUCCUGUUGGAGAAAACAUCUGGACUGGCACAGCCACCAUCUUCUCUGUGGAUGCAGCUCUCAGAGCCUGGUUUGAUGAAGUCAGCAGCUACGAUUUCAACACCAAUAGCUGUACUGACAUGUGUGGCCACUACACCCAGGUCGUUUGGGCAGAGAGUUACAAAGUUGGCUGUGCAGUUCACUUCUGCAAUACAGUUGAAAAUUUUCCAGGACUCACCAAAGCAGCACAUUUUAUUUGUGACUAUGGGCCAGCGGGGAAUUACCCAAGAAAACCAUACAAAGCAGGACUACCAUGCAGCGGAUGCAGUAAUGAGAAGUGCAUAGACAAGCUCUGUGAAAAUACAGAACGUGAGAAGCUGAUAAAUUAUGCCUACUGGUAUCCAGACUGGGAUACACAGCCCCAGCCACCACGUCCCCGUCCCCCCCGGCCUCCCACGCCACCGUACAUCCCGCCUGCUAAGCAUCCACAGCCUCCGCGUCCUUCUUGUGACCAAUACUGUGUCAGUGUUUCAAUUUUAAGGCCACUGUUUUUGGUACUGAGUGUUGGUGCUGUGCUUUUAGUACAACAGUGGUUCCCACAUGCAUUUUUUUAUGAGUAA